CACCAGCAGAGCAAACCGGAUUUUCGCCAAACCAAACCACUCGUCUCCCUGAUCGCGCGCGCGCAGAAGCCAAGGCGUAGCACACAGCUAGCUGAGUGACCUCACCUUAUCCGAACACUCACACAGUGACACACUCAGUGUCACCCAGCAAGCACGCGGCGGCGCGAUGGAGCGGAGGCUGUCGGCGGCGUCGAGGCGGUCGGCGCCGUCGCCCAUCCAGCAGCUGUCCCACCUGGCGCAGCGCGUCGGCGCCGUCAACCUCGCCGAGGGCUUUCCGGACUUCCCCGCGCCCGCCCACGUCAAGGCCGCCGCCGCCGCCGCCAUCGCCGCCGACCUCAACCAGUACAGGCAUGUGCAGGGGAUCUGCGACAUCCUCGCCAAGACGAUGAAACGGGACCACGGCCUCUACGUCGACCCUCUCACGGACUUCGUGAUCUGCUGCGGCCAAUCUGAAGCGUUUGCCGCGGCUAUCUUUGCAAUCAUAGACCAAGGGGAUGAAGUCUUGCUGUUCGACCCUGCUUAUGAAACGUAUGAGACAUGCAUUGAAUUGGCCCGAGGUGUCCCUGUGUAUGUUCCAUUGGAUCCACCUUCUUGGACUCUGAACGAAGAUAAAUUCUUGAAAUCUUUUACGAGUCAGACAAAGGCAGUGAUCUUGAACAGCCCACACAAUCCAACAGGGAAGGUCUUCAGCAAGGAGGAGUUGCUUAUUAUCGCUCAAGCUUGUCAGAAAAUGGACUGCUUUGCGAUAACUGAUGAGGUUUAUGAGUAUAUUACUUACGAUGAGAACAAGCAUAUCUCACUGGCUUCUCUUCCAGGGAUGCAAGAGAGGACCAUCUUCACAUCCUCACUGUCAAAAACUUACAGUGUAACUGGUUGGAGAAUCGGAUGGGCUUGUGCGGCAGCAAGCAUUGCCUCAGCAAUAAGAAAUAUCCAUGUCAAACUAACAGAUUCAGCUCCUGCGCCAUUCCAAGAAGCUGCUUUGAUUGCGUUAACAAGCACACCAGACUACUAUACAUCCCUGAAAAAAGACUACGAAGUGAGAAGAGACUUUAUCCUUCAGUUGCUGAAAGACUUUGGCUUACACAUCAGCUUCAAGCCACAAGGUUCAGUCUUUGUAUUUGCUGAGCUGCCUAGGUCUUGGCAACUUUCAGACAUAGAUUUUGUGACGAACUUGAUCAACGAUGCUGGUGUGGCGGCCGUGCCCGGCCGCGGGUUCUUCCACGGAAGUUGUGACGGUGAAAGCUACCAUCACCGGUACGUCAGGUUCGCCUUUUGCAAGGGCGAUGACACCCUGAAGGCUGCUGCCCUGAGGAUGAGGAAUGUGGUUUGCUGGCAGACACGAAUAUCAACUGCACCCACCUCUCACUAACCAAACCAGCCGUGAAUGUGAGUCUUGGAGUGAUCUUUCUGGAAUGAACUUGUGGAUCUAUAAAAGUUUCCGGGUAUAAGUUUGGUAUCAUGUUAUGUGUCGUUCCAUACAAUACAAGCAAAACUUUAACCAAUCCUUACUUGA